CACCUCACCUUGUUCUUCUUUUCUCUGUCAAAACCCUUCUUCCUUUUUAUCCAAUCCAACUUUGCCUAUGGAUUCUAAAACUUCUGAAGCUUCUUGUGAUGAUUACAUGAUAUACCGGCAUGAGAACAUUAGUCUGCUCGAUCUACUAAGUCUUCUCAUCUUUAGAAGACAUCUGAUCCAUUAUAACUUUGUCGAGAGCAGCAGCUCGGUGGCCGGUAGUCUCGAGGGUGUCCUGACCGACAGGAUCACUGCCCUGACAUGUGUUCUUCAAAAGAUAUUAUACAUGAUCAGAACGCCACUGAAGUGGAUUGGGCACAUAGUUGAGUUUUUGCUGAACUUGAUAUGCCUUAAUGGAGGAGUACGAGGCUUAAUCUGGAAUGUUAUCACAGUGUCCGUUGUGAUCCCCAGGCGUGGAGCAGCUCACUUCCGGUCGUUGAUCGCACACAUCGAUGCACGACUUGAUCUCCGCAAGAGCGAUUCCAUCCAUCACAUCCACUUGGAUAAGCUAACAUGUCUUGGCGAAACAGAUCCCUUGGAUCUCGCCAUGAUGGCUGCCAAAUUAGCCUACGAGAAUGGUGAGUAUAUCAAGGAUGCAGUGACCAACCAUUGGAAGAUGCACUUUGUGGGGUUCUACAGCUGCUGGAACGAGUUCCUUCAAGAUAAAACGACCCAAGCCUUCAUAUUAUGCGACAAGACCGAGGACGCCGACCUAAUCGUCCUGGCCUUCCGUGGCACCGAGCCCUUUAACGCCCAGGACUGGUCCACCGAUGUCGACCUUUCUUGGCUCUGCAUGGGAAAAUUGGGCGGCGUCCAUUUGGGUUUCUUAAAGGCUCUUGGCCUGCAACAUGAGAUGGACCGCAAGAAAGGCUUCCCAAAGGAGCUGAGUAGGAAUGACCCUGGCAAACCGGUGGCAUACUACGUGCUGAGGGAUACACUGAGAACGUUGCUAAAGAAGCACAACAAUGCAAAGAUACUGGUGACCGGACAUAGCUUGGGUGGAGCACUUGCUGCUAUUUUCCCAGCUUUGUUAGCUAUGCAUGAGGAAUACGAUAUCCUGGAUUCCAUAUACGGUGUAAUGACGUAUGGGCAGCCCAGGGUUGGAGAUGCUACCUUCAAAAAAUACGUAGAAUCCAUCCUGAGCAAAAGGUACUAUCGGAUGGUGUAUCGCUAUGAUAUCGUCCCUCGAGUUCCAUUCGAUAUGCCACCAGUGGCAAUGUUCAAGCAUUGUGGGACUUGCAUCUACUACGACGGAUGGUAUGAGAGACAGGCUAUGAAUGAGGAUUCGCCGAAUCCCAACUACUUUGAUGUAAAAUAUACAAUUCCGGUGUAUUUGAAUGCUUUGGGUGACCUCAUGAAGGCUCUGCUCCUAGGGAGAACCCAAGGCAAGGACUUCAAAGAAGAGUUUUUGUCGAUCCUCUACAGGGCAUCUGGGCUAAUCUUGCCUGGGGUUGCAUCUCAUAGUCCUAGAGACUACGUCAACGGUGGAAGGCUUGCGAAGAUAACCGGCAAAUACUCUUGAUGAGUAGUGGUUUAUUUCAUCAAAAAUAAGUAGCGGUUAUAACUAUGUAUGUUUUGAAUGUUACAAUAUGCAGAAGAACCUACGAGUAGUAGGAAAGUUUAAGAACUUUUCCGAAUAAAUUAAGAACUGGAUUUGGAACGG